GAUAGAUUCCUUCUGUAAAGUCUGUCUUAAUUGGAGAGAGAAACAAUAAAAAAAUUUGAGAAAUUCUAUUUCUAUUGUACUUCAGAUUUCCUAUCUCACUAAUCCAAACCCUAUCUCUCACAUUUUCACAAUCUCUUUUAUCACUUUUCUGAUAGAAGAUUUUUCUUCUGCAUUUUCUACACCCAUUCGAUUAGUUUCAUCUCCUCUCUUCAAGCUUAAAAUCUAUCUCUUUGAAGGCUUACUAUUUGACAAAAAAAGGAAAUUUCAUCCGUUGUUCUUCUUCCUUGGGGUCCUCACAUUUUCAUCAGGCUUGAUUUUUUAUGAUUUUACUGCCUCUUUUGUUCUUCUUCUCUGUUGUUCUUCGUCCUCCCUCUUGCAUGCAAGGUGUUUGAGGUAUUGUUUUCAUUCUCUGCUUCUACUAAAUGUCUCUCUUUUCUCUAUACCGGAUUAUUUCUCCCCAAACCCUUCUCUCUAUUUUUCAGACCCUUUCUCUUCUUCUGCCUCUCCCUCUUCCUCUCUAAGCAGCCAUCCAACCACUUGAUCUAAUCAUCCUCCAAGGCUUGAUUUUUAUUUUGUACUUAUCUGUAUAAUUUUUCUUCUAUUUUAUUGUGUAAUUAGUCCUAAAGAAACAAUUUUUUCGCACUCUACCUUAGACUCUCUGAAGUUUUGAUCUGAUGCAGGUCUCCACUAAAUCAAGGGUUUCAGGAGUUUCAAUUUGUUAGAGGUUUUCACUAAUGAAGGUUCUUCUUUGCAUUUUAAAGUUGUAUUUUUUUCUCUCGUGAUAUUUGUAUUUUGACGUUUUCAAUACCCUGAAAUGGUGUAAAUUGAAUAAAAUAGAAACCCCAAUUAAGGAGUGAUACAGUACAGUGUUUUGAUAUUAAAUUUGUAAAAUGUGAGUGGAUGGUUGUUUGUGGCCUUACUAUUUCUCUUGAGUUGCAAAUUGUUGGAGGAUUCCACUAAUCAAGGAUUGUUCAUUGAGUUAAGGUUUAGAUUUUGAUUGCACAGUUUUUUUUUAUCAAUUUGUUUUGUUUUUUAGAUUUGAAUUUGUUUAAGGGCUGCUUUUAGAGAUUUUGUUAUUGAUUCUGUUAUCAAUUCUUUCUAUUUUAUUUUUAUUAUUUUAUCUUCUCAAUUUUCAACUUAACACUGAUUUUUCUCCCUCUUCACUCUUGAAUUUUUAAUUAUCUGCCGUUCCUUUUUGGUUCUUUUUUCUUUGUUGUUCCUCAUUCUUUUACAUUCUACCGCCUGACUAAUUCUUUUUUAUUCUGAGAUUUUGAAUCCUUCAACUUUGAGCUUAUUUGUGUUCUAUAAUGCUUUACUCAUGCUCUCACUAUUUUGUAUAUGAAACAGUUUGCUACAACUUCUUUGAAUACAAAUCUUUGAUAUCUUUUACGUUCUAUUUCAGAUUUGACCGGUCAGAUGUGUGUUCCUGUCAAGAUUUUAUCUUUAUUUUUUUCUAUUUAUAUUCUAUUGUCUCUCUAUAUUGCUUUUGUUUUCUUAUAUGGAUUGUUUCUCUGUUAGGUAUGGCACGUAAAGCUAACUCGAUCGCUGGAGUUGAUGAGUCAAAAGAAACAUGAAAAUCAGGUGUCAGAAUAACUAAUCUGUCAAAUCUGGGCAUUCUUUGUGGUGCACAUAAGUGCCUGGCAAGACUUUGACGGAAAUUGGGAGGAAAAAUCAGAAAGUGCACGUGAAUUAAUAACUCAGGUCCAGAAGGGGAAAGGAAACCUUAGACAGCGCAUUGCACUUCUAGAGAAGGACCUGGUUAGAGCUCAAUCGUGGCCUCCUACUAGAGACAAUAUUGAGGACAGGAAAAUGAUGGAAGAAGAGUUAUCGGGGCUGCUGGAAAAAGAGGAGAUUUAUUGGCGACAACGAUCUAGAGCUAUAUGGCUAAAGGAGGGUGACAAGAACACAAACUUUUUCCACAACAAGGCCAACCAAAGACAGAAACGAAACACAAUCAAGAAGCUCAAAGAUCAACAAGGCAACUGGAUCCAUGGAAGACAAAAAAUUGCUGACAUGACCCGAGACUAUUUUAUGAGACUUUUUGGCAGCGAAAGCACGUCAAGGACUGAUGAAGUUUACAGCUGCAUUCCAGGAAAAAUAAACCAGGCGAAUAUGGAAGAGCUUCCAGAACCUUUCACACAUAUGGAGGUUAAAGAAGCUCUCAAUCAAAUGCAUCCAUUAAAAGCCCCUGGACCGGACGGUUUCCCAGCUCUCUUCUUUCAACGGUACUGGACACUUGUGGGUGAGGAUGUUGCCAAAACAGUCCUAUCAGUGUUAAACGAAGGUGCUGAUCCAGCAAGCAUCAAUCGCACUUUUGUAUGCUUGAUACCAAAGGUCAAGUGCCCUGAAAGUCCGAAGGAUCUCCGGCCAAUAAGCCUUUGCAACGUGAUUAUGAAGAUAGUCACCAAGUGUAUAGCAAAUAGACUUAAACCCAUGCUUGGUGACAUAGUCUCGGAGCAACAAAGCGCUUUCAUUCCGGGUCGACUCAUAACAGAUAAUGCCUUAACAGGAUUUGAAGUUUUCCACUACAUGAAGAAAAAGAGGAAAGGAAAAAAGGGGUAUAUGGCGGUUAAGCUAGAUAUGACCAAGGCAUAUGACCGCAUAGAGUGGAAUUUUUUGGAGAAGGUGCUCACAACAAUGAGGCUACCACGACAGCUCAUAUCUGUUAUUAUGAGGUGUGUCACCUCAGUCUCCUAUGGGAUUCUGGUCAAUGGAGAACCCACCCCUUUCUUUUCCCCCGAAAGGGGGUUAAGACAAGGGGAUCCUUUAUCACCUUACCUUUUUAUUCUGUGUGUUGAAGCUUUUUCAGGUUUAAUCACAAAACAGAUACAGAAGAAGAAGCUGCAUGGAGUUAAUGUAGCAAGAGGAGCCCCUCAAAUAAGCCACCUCUUCUUUGCUGAUGAUAGCUUGAUUUUUACCCGAGCCAACAUGGAGGAAGCAGCUAAGCUUAUGAAAGCCAUUGAAAUGUAUGAGCAAGCAUCAGGCCAACUAGUCAAUUUAGAGAAGUCCGAGAUCUCAUUCAGCCGAAACGUGCCAAACUCCAGCAAGGAUAUGAUCCGCAACAGGAUGGGAGUAAAGGCUGUGGAUUCUCAUGACAAGUACUUGGGCUUGCCAACCAUCAUUGGUAGAUCAAAGAAGCAAAUUUUCUCAAAGGUACAAGAGAGAGUUUGGAGGAAGCUUCAAGGAUGGAAAGAAACGACUUUAUCAAAGGCCAGGAAAGAAAUCCUCCUCAAAUCUGUGGCUCAAGCUAUCCCAAAUUAUAUCAUGAGCUGUUUUCAAAUACCAAGUGGAACUUGCAGCAAAAUUGAAGGCUACAUGGCGAAUUUUUGGUGGGGACAAAAAGAAGGAGAACGAAAGGUGCACUGGACAAGCUGGCGGAAACUUUGUAUGCCAAAAGACAAGGGUGGCCUAGGCUUCAGAAAUUUAGAGGACUUCAAUAAAGCUUUGCUAGCCAAACAUGUUUGGAGACUUCUCACCACGGAAGGCUCUCUUUUAUUCAAGGUGUGGAAAGCCAAAUAUUUUCCUAGAGGAUCUCUCCUAGAUGCCAAGAUAGGCUACCAACCCAGUUACGCAUGGAGAAGUAUUUGGAAUGUAUUGGAAGUGGUAAAAGAAGGUCUAAGAUGGCGGGUUGGAAAUGGUAGAAAGAUAAAUAUAUGGCAUGAUCAAUGGAUCCCAGGCCCAGGAAGUGGAAGAGUUCUCACAGCUGCAAAUAAUCAGCUUCAUACAGUGGCAGAUUUGAUCCAUGAAGAUACGCGCACUUGGGAUUGGCAAACCAUCAAUAUGAACUUUAACCCUCAAGAAGCGGCAGCGAUCAGAGCUAUCCCUUUGAGCUGGAGACAAUUGGAAGAUUUUCCAUAUUGGCAAUGGAGUAAGGAUGGUAUGUUCUCUGUUAAAUCCACUUACUAUCAUUUGCAAACCAAGAAAUACUCUCAUAUGCCCAGUUCAAGUUCUCAAACCUUCCCCUGGAAAAAACUAUGGGCAGCACCGGUACCCAACAAGACUAAGCACUUUAUGCACCGUGCCAUAAGUAAUAACCUCCCUUUUCGUGAAAAUUUGAGGAAAAAGGGUAUACAGGUUGAGGAAGAGUGCGCUCUAUGUGGUCUCCAUGUGACCGAAUCUCUGCAGCACUUGUUUCUUGAAUGUCCCUGGUCUAAAGCCGCUUGGUUUGGUCACCCUAUGGGCAUUAUGACAGAAGCAGUAGAAGGAGGCACUUUGCAGUGGUUCAAGUCGUGGUGUGUUGCACACAAACCGGAAGAAUUGGCCUUACUUUUCCAAGGAACAUGGACCAUAUGGAAAGCUCGAAAUGAACAUCUUUUCAAUGGUAAGCUUGCAGAUCCUAUGGUAGUUAUGCAAAGAGCCAUGCUUUCAUUACAAGAGUGGAACGAUGCGCAAGGAACAGAAAAAACGAACCCCCUGGAACCCAUCGUCAGAGUCUGGAAUCCUCCACCCUCAAAUAAGCUCAAGAUCAACUGUGAUGCAGGGUGGACUGGAGAUACAGCUACAUGCUUUGGAAUGAUAGUUAGAGACCAUGAGUCGUGUAUGAUGAUUGCAGCAACUCACAUGGAGCCUUGUCGUUAUGACCCAACGGUGGCAGAAGCUUUGGCUAUGCGGUGGUGCUUGUCAACGGUUGCUGAGUUAGGCAUGGAAGAGGUGAUAAUUGAAUCAGACUCAAUCAUAGUAAUCAAAGCCAUGCAGAAACAAAGAUGCAAACCAGAUAUUGAGCCCAUCAUCCAGGACUGCAAAUUCCUAGCACAAGCUUUUAAGUCCAUCUCUUUCUCUCAUGUCAAUAGGCAGGCUAAUAAUUCAGCUCAUGUAAUAGCUUCCUUAGCUUCUAAUUUUCCUUCUCAUAUUUGGUGGGAUAAUCCCCCUGCAACAGUUGCAGAAGCUAUUUUUGUAGACGCUUAUUCUACUAUUCAAUGA